AUGGCGGAUCCGCUGCACCGGGCAGAUGAUGAGACUGCCUCACCAUCUCCGAUCGUCUCUUUCAAAAAGAGACGCCCCCGCCAGAAGGAAAAUAUAAGAAAAAGACCAGCUUCGCCAGAGAAAACGUCAUCGCAUAGCGACGGUGAUUCUUCUUCGUCGGAGGAUAUUUCACGCCAGGGACAUAGGGUUAAGCGAAGGCAACAUAAUACCGUCGUGACUGCCGCGUCAACGAGCGAAACCAAUUCGAAAGCGAAUGCGGAGCUUUUGUCAACAGCCUCCCAGGCCUCGAAUCGCAAAGUGCCUCUUCCGGCCACAAACGACGCGACGAAAGCGAGCAAUUGGUACGAUGAGGAUACAAAGCCGAAAAUGGGCCCGACUCGGACGGCGCCUACAAACGUUCGCAUGACUACGUUCAUCGAUUUCGCGCCCGAUGUGUGCAAAGACUACAAGAAGACGGGGUACUGUGGUUUUGGGCAGAACUGCGUGUUCCUCCACGAUCGAGGCGAUUAUAAGCAAGGCUGGGAGCUUGACCGUGACUGGGAGAAAGUGACUCAGGGAAACAAAAAUCUGGGCGGAACCGUGGUGGCGAGCGCCAAUCGAAAUGCCAAAGCUGAGGAUAACGCGGAUAGUGAUGACGAGGAGGAAGCUAUGCUGAAGAACAUCCCCUUUGCGUGCAUUAUUUGCAAAGAGUCAUACAAAACGCCGGUCGUCACGAGGUGUGGGCACUACUUCUGCGAGUCGUGUGCGCUGAAGCGGUACAGGAAAGAUCCCAACUGCGCGGCAUGUGGAGCUGGGACGAAUGGGGUUUUCAAUACUGCAUCGAGAUUAAACAAACUCCUCCAGAAGAAGAGGGAACGUAUAGAGAGGAAGCGUCAACAAGCUAUAGAAAACGGGGAGGAGGUGAGCGAGGAAGAUGAGGACGUAUGA